AUGGCUCAAACUUUAGACUACACCAAGGCUGUCGAACAUCUGUCGACUUACCAAGAGAAGGACGGAUUGUCUGUCGAGCAACUCCUGGACUUACAGCUCCACGGAGGUCUCACAUACAACGAUUUCCUUAUUCUGCCAGGUAAGGUUGACUUCCCUGCAAGCGUUGUGGAUUUGGAGACCAAGUUGACCAAGAAAAUCACUUUGAAGACCCCGUUCGUUUCUUCUCCUAUGGAUACCGUCACCGAGUCCAACAUGGCCAUCCACAUGGCCCUUUUGGGAGGUAUCGGUAUCAUCCAUCACAACUGUUCCCCUGAUGAACAGGCUGAGAUGGUCAGAAAGGUCAAGAAGUACGAGAACGGUUUCAUCAACGAUCCUGUUGUCAUUUCUCCAUCCGCUUCUGUUGGUCAAGUCAAGGCUAUGGGUCAAAAAUACGGUUUCACCUCGUUCCCAGUGACUGAAACUGGUAAAGUUGGUGGAAAGCUUGUUGGAAUUGUCACCUCCAGAGAUGUCCAAUUCCACGAGGUCGAUACAGAUUCCAUUUCUCAGGUGAUGACAACCGACGUCAUCACCGCCAAGUCUGGAAUCUCGCUUAGUGAAGGAAACGAGAUCCUGAGAAAGUCCAAGAAGGGUAAACUUCCAGUUGUUGACGGUGAAGGAAACUUGGUUUCCAUGAUCUCCAGAACCGACUUGCAAAAGAACCUGGACUUCCCUCACGCUUCCAAAUCUUUCCAGAGCAAGCAGUUGCUCUGUGGUGCUGCUAUUGGUACUCUUGACGCUGAUAAAGAGAGACUGGCCAAGUUGGUUGCAGCUGGUUUGGACGUUGUUGUUUUGGACUCCUCCCAAGGUAACUCCAUUUUCCAGAUCAACCUGAUCAAAUGGAUCAAGAGCACCUUCCCAGACUUGCAAGUCAUUGGUGGUAAUGUUGUCACCAGAGAACAGGCCGCCCAAUUGAUUGCUGCUGGUGUUGAUGGUUUGAGAAUCGGUAUGGGUUCUGGAUCUAUCUGUAUCACCCAAGAAGUGAUGGCCUGUGGUAGACCUCAAGGUACUGCAGUUUACAAAGUGACUCAAUUCGCCAAUCAAUUUGGUGUUCCAUGUAUUGCCGAUGGAGGUGUUUCCAACAUUGGACACAUCGCCAAGGCCAUUGCUCUUGGUGCUUCCUGUGUUAUGAUGGGAAGUAUGUUGGCAGGUACUUCCGAGUCUCCUGGUGAAUACUUCUACAGAGACGGCAAGAGAUUAAAGUCUUACAGAGGUAUGGGAUCUAUUGAUGCUAUGCAAAAGACCGACACCAACGCUAACGCUUCCACUUCCAGAUACUUCAGUGAGGGUGACAAGGUUCUUGUUGCUCAAGGUGUGAGUGGUUCCGUGUUGGACAAGGGAUCCAUCACCAAGUUCAUUCCAUACUUGUACAACGGAUUGCAACACUCUUGCCAAGAUAUUGGUGUCAAGAGCGUUGCUGCUCUUGGCAAAGAAGUUCUCGCCGGAAAUGUCAGAUUCGAGCUGAGAACUGCCUCUGCGCAAUUGGAAGGAGGUGUUCACGGUCUUUACUCGUUCGAAAAGAGAUUGCACAACUAA